CAGCCGGUUUCUUCCUUCCGCUGUCUUUCCUUGACCUACUGCCAUUACUGGGUAAAGAAAGGAACAUAACAAUGGGAAGAGCACCUUGCUGUGACAAAAAUGGACUCAAGAAGGGUCCAUGGACACCUGAGGAAGAUAAUAAGCUCAUAAGUUAUAUUCAACUUCAUGGACCUGGCAACUGGCGUGCCCUCCCCAAGAAUGCUGGGCUCCAAAGAUGUGGAAAGAGCUGUCGUCUUCGAUGGACAAACUAUUUGAGACCUGAUAUCAAGAGAGGAAGGUUCUCGUUCGAAGAAGAAGAGACCAUUAUCCAACUCCAUAGUAUUAUGGGAAACAAGUGGUCCUCUAUAGCUGCUCGCUUGCCAGGAAGAACUGAUAAUGAAAUCAAGAAUUACUGGAACACCCACAUAAGAAAAAGGCUGCUCAGAAAUGGAAUUGAUCCAGUUACUCAUUCCCCACGUCUCGAUCUUCUUGAUCUAUCCUCCAUUCUAGGUUCAGCUUUGUGCAACCCAUCACUUUUAAAUCUGUCAAGCCUUUUGGGUAACCACGCAAUUCUAAAUCCUGAGUUAUUAAGGCUGGCCACAAUCCUGUCUUCGUUAAAACAAGAAAACACCGAAAUGUUUCUGCAAAAUCUACAGGAUAACCAGCUGCUAAGCUCGCUAGUGCAAAACCAAUUCCCACUAUCACAAGUGAGUCAGUUUCAGAAUCCAGUUGAAGAAGCAACUAGCGCUCCAUUUUUAAGCCCUACCCAACUCAUGCAGACGGAUUUAGGAGGGUUAUCUUGCCUAAACUCGCUAGAAAACUCGGUGCCUUCCAGUUUGAGUGAUUGUUUGGUUUCACAGCCAAACUCUGUAUCCUGCAAUACAAAUCCUCCUAUUCCAGAUAAACUUGUAGAGAACUCAGGAUUACAACCAAUAACCAACGGAUGCCAAAACUACAGCAUUGAAUCAGUUCUGUCAACGCCAUUAUCAAGUCCAGCUCCCUUGAAUUCUUCAUCUACAUUCGUCAAUAGCAGCAGCCCAGAGGACGAGAGAGAAAGCUACUGCAGCAGCUUGUUUAAGUUUGAAAUUCCAGAGAGUUUAAAUAUGGACGACUUCUUGUAAAUAUUUCCUUGUAUACAAAAAACAUAGAUUGGA